AUGUCUUCUUCCAUCGCUUUGCGCCACGCACGCUUCCUCACAACCGCCGCCGCCACCACCACCGGCAUCUCUAUCUCCAAAGCUCAAAGGGAGCACGACCCUGACAAAGCCCUACAGAUUUACUCCUCCGUUUCUGAUCGUUACAUUUCCCCUCUUUCCUCCCGCUAUGCUCAAGAAUACACUGUCAAACGUCUCGCCAAGUCCCAUCGUUUCUCCGACAGCGAAAACUUCCUCGAAUCUCACAAAAAUAGCUCAAAAAUUACUCAAGAGCCUUUUCUUUCAUCCAUAAUCCGUUCAUAUGGAGUCGCUGGAAUGUUUGAUCACGCACUCAAAAUUUGUCAUCAGAUGGAUGAUUUAGGCACCCCCAGAUCAGCUAUUUCUUUCAAUGUGCUUUUAUCAGCUUGCGUGCACUCAAAACUGUAUGAUCGUGUCGCCCAACUGUUUGAUGAAAUGCGUGAGUAUGGAUUUUUACCUGAUAAAGUGCCCUAUGGGGUAUUGAUUAGGUCAUAUUGUGAAAUGGGGUUGCCGGAAAUGGAUGAAAGACUCAAGGAGAUGGACGAGAAAGAUGUGGAGAUUACAACUGUUGCUUUUACUACUAUAUUGCAUUCGUUUUACAAGAAAGGGAAGAGUGAUGAGGCCGAGAGGGUAUGGAAUGAAAUGGUGAACAAAGGAUGUGGGCCGGAUGUUGGUGCAUACAAUGUAAAGAUUAUGAACAUUCAAGGUGGUGAUCCGGAGGGCGUAAAAGCUUUAAUUGAGGAAAUGAGUGAUGCUGGAUUAAAACCAGACACGAUUAGCUACAAUUACUUGAUGACUUGUUAUUUUAGGAAUGAAUUGAUGAACGAGGCGCAGAAGGUUUAUGAGGAUCUUGAGGCAAAUGGGUGUAAUCCAAAUGCUGCAACUUUUAGAACUUUAAUCUUUUAUUUGAGUAAGAAGGGAAAGUAUGAGGCAGGGUAUAAGGUGUUCAAGGAGAGUGUGAGAGUUAACAAGAUCCCUGAUUUCAAUACACUCGAGUAUUUGGUUGAAGGGUUGGUGAAAAGAUCAAAGUUGAACGAGGCAAAGAGGAUGAGUAAGACUGUGAAGAAGAAGUUCCCUCCUAACUUGGUAAAAGCUUGGACCAAGCUAGAGGAGGAGCUUGGUUUGGCUGAAGUUGAAGACGGUGAUAAUGGAGUCCAAACGGCUAGUUUGGCUUAAUAGGUGAAUGUUGUGGAACGAUUUUGUGUGCUUGAAGUGUUUAUACGCAUUUCCAUAGCAUAGGAGGGAUUUUAGAUCAUUGAAUUUCUCAUGUUUAUCAUAAAGAUGUGAGUUCGCAUUUGGGACCUGCCAUUGUUAUGCUCUUUAUAUAGAGCUUUACCUGAAGUUUGUGAUAGUGAGUUAUAUUAACUGCUGACACGGAACUACAUGAGCUGAAUGUCCUGUUGAUCCAUUGCUUUGUUUGUCUCUCUCUCUCUCAUGAGUCCCAUCCAUUGAACAUGUGAUAUCUUGAUACUUUAAUCACAACAUUAACUGGUAGUUUGGACGGAGGUUUCGGUCUCUCUUCUCUAUAUAUGAUAUGAUGUCACUAAUCAAAUGUGUUGGCACAACUUUGACAUUGUUUAGUUCUUUCUCUUCUUAUCUUAUGCUGCUCAGAUGAUGACGUGUAAGGGGCUUUAUACCUGUUAUUGAUGUACUCUUUGUUAUUGAUGACUUGUAAGCUCAAAUCAUUGUUCCUUACUAGGUAUAAUCUGUUUCCUUUAGAGGAAAGUGACUGUUAAUUCAUAGAGCCAUAGGGAUAAUCUGCAGGCUUGCUGUUGUUUAA